AUGGUGUCGUCUUCUUCUUCAACCAAAACCAAUAGCAUGAAGAAACCUUGGGGACUAGUCGAAGCAGUCUCGUGGUACUGUACUGUAGCCUUGUUGGCCUUAAUAUUUAUGGGUUCCAUCUGGGCAAACUAUGAAGCUGCAGAUGUGAAAGGGAGACAGCUACUGAACCGACCCUGUGAUGAAAUCUAUGUGGUCGGAGAAGGGGAGACCCUUCACACGAUCAGCGACAAGUGCGGCGACCCUUUCAUCGUCGAGCGAAACCCUCACAUCAAUGAUCCCGACGAUGUUUUCCCCGGCCUUGUUAUUCGCAUAGUUUCUUGUUCAAAUUAA